AUGUCAAGAAUCACAACUAAUAGUUCAAUUACUCCCGGUCGAAUACGAAAAUUUCCACAUGGUACAUCAAAUACUCAACCUGUAUUCAUUGAUGAUGAUGAUGAUGAUGAUGAAACAAUUGAAAAUGAAUUUGAUGAAAAUUAUCCAAUUAUUCAUGAUGUGCCAUUUUAUAGUCAACAGCAACCUCGACCAUCUGUUCCAUAUCGAAGCAAUAAAAAAACUACAGGUACUUAUACACCUCAAACAAAACGUAAACGUGCUCAAGAUCAAGUUACAAGUGUUGUUCCUGAUUCACUUAAAGAAUGUAUGGAUACCAUGCAAAGUAUGCUUAAAGAAAUGAAUCGAAAGAUCGACGUGAUCAACCAAAAAGAAGAACUUUUUGAGAAAAAACUCGAUCAUAUGGACAAGCACAUUAAUGGUUUAGUUCGUAAAGCACGUGAGUAUCCAGCAGUACAAGAACCACCAAAAGAAAUUCCUAUUGUUAAAUAUAAUAAUACAAAUUUACUAUUGGGUCCAUUCGAUCCAACUCCACCUGGUCUAAUGAAACACUUGAUCAACAAAUUGUUUACUGAACAAGAAAUAAGAAAUCGUCAACAUGAACAGAUUAAUGAACGAACAUUAAAAAUACAAGAAGCAAUUCAAGCAUAUUUUUAUCAAGGUGAUCAAGAUGCAGUUGAUUUGUUCUGGGAUGGUCAUGGAAAAAUUGUUCGUGAAAAUCAGCGUCGAGGACGUUUACAUCGACAUAAACUACGAGCUGAAGAUGAAACACAAACAAAUACACAAACAACAACAGAUAAAACAACAGUUAAUGAUGAUAAUCAAUAA